AUGGAGACUGCAGGCCAUUUUGGAGAUGAUCAAGAUGAGACUGACAAGGAAUGGGAGGAUUUCACGAAGCUACUGGAACAGAAGAAGAAGAAAAGUUCGCAAGCUUUCUAUCCUUGUCCUCCACCUGAGGACGUGGAAGACUAUGUUCAAACAAUGAUGUAUGGUCGAUACAGCAAACAAAUAGGGCAACUUGCAAAAUUAGAAAGUUUGAAAGCCACGGAAAAACAGAGAUUGAAAGCGGAAAAAGCUAGAAAAAAAGAGCUCAGAGGAUACCAGGGAAAAUUUGCGAAGGCUAUAUCUUUCUUAUGGAGACACACGUUUGCCAGGUUGGGAGAGGACUGGGUUUUCUUGGCCCUCUUGGGCAUAAUCAUGGCGUUUCUGAGCUUCAUAAUGGACAGAGGCAUCUCGAUUUGCGAUAAUGCAAGAUUGUGGUUAUUCAGAGACCUCACAAUGCACCCAGUAGCACAGUAUGCAGCUUGGAUAUCACUUCCUGUCUCUUUGAUACUAUUCAGUACUGGUUUUGUACAAUUAGUUGCUCCACAAUCUAUAGGAUCUGGAAUUCCCGAAAUGAAAACCAUAUUGAGAGGAGUAGCUCUGAAAGAAUAUCUCACGUUCAAGACGCUAGUAGCCAAAGUGGUGGGAUUAACGGCAACCCUAGGUAGCGGCAUGCCUUUGGGCAAGGAAGGUCCCUUCGUCCACAUCGCCAGCAUAAUUGCCACCCUUCUCAGCAAGCUCGUGACAGGAUUCCAAGGGAUAUACGAAAACGAGAACAGGACCACCGAAAUGUUGGCUGCAGCUUGUGCUGUCGGAGUGGCAAGUUGUUUCGCAGCUCCAGUCGGAGGGGUGUUGUUCAGCAUCGAAGUAACGACAACAUACUUCGCCGUCCGCAAUUAUUGGCGAGGGUUUUUCACGGCCGUUUGUGGGGCCACGACGUUUCGUCUGUUGGCUGUGUGGUUCCAAAGAGCGGACACUGUGAGCGCCGUCUUCAAGACCGACUUCUUCAUGGAGUUUCCCUUCGAUCCGCAGGAGUUAUUUGCCUUCGCCUUGAUGGGGGUCAUUUGUGGCUUGGGUGGUGCCCUCUAUGUGUGGAUGCACAGAAAGUACGUAAUGUUCAUGAGGAACAGCCAGAUUGUCAAUAGUUUUCUGAAAAUGAAUCGUUUCCUGUAUCCUGCGUUAGUCGCAGUGCUGAUGUCAACUAUAACUUUCCCGCACGGCACAGGCCAAUUCCUUGCUGGCGAUUUGAACACCCACGACCAAGUUUCGGCCCUUUUCAGCAACUUCACUUGGACCAAGGCCAACGUGACGGUUAUGCAAAGCGAACUGUUGGGACAUUGGAGGACGGAAUGGACGGCAGUGUGGGUCAAUUUGUCCUGCUACAUCGGCUUCACGUUCAUAUUUUCUAUAAUCUGCUCAACGAUUCCCGUGCCCAGUGGAAGUUUCAUUCCCGUCUUCAAAAUUGGAGCUGCUUUCGGAAGAGUAGUUGGAGAGCUGAUGCACAUGUGGUUUCCAACAGGUAUGAGAUAUGGCAACGAAAUCGCUGAAAUCGUCCCUGGUGGCUACGCCACUGUCGGAGCAGCAGCUUUCAGCGGGGCAGUCACCCACACCAUAUCAGUGGCGGUGAUCGUGUUCGAGAUGACCGGCCAAAUCACCCACAUCAUACCGAUCAUGAUAGCCGUUCUGGUGUCGAACGCCGUCGCUAGUCUGCUGUACCCCAGUAUUUAUGACAGCAUCAUCUUGAUCAAGAAGUUGCCCUAUUUGCCUGAUCUGCUGCCCAGCAGUAGCGGAAUGUAUAAUAUUCAUGUGGAGAACUUCAUGAUACGAGAUGUGAAAUACAUAUUCUACGGCAUGUCCUACGAGCAAAUGAAGACGUUGCUGAAGGAGAACAGGAGACUGCAAAGCUUUCCAUUGGUGGACAGUCCAGACAGUAUGGUACUGUUGGGAUCCAUUCAAAGAAUGCAGCUCAUUCAACUUAUAGAGAAGCAGAUAGGAAGAGAAAGACGACUGCAGGUGGCCGCCGAGCGAAAAAAAGAAGCCGAAGAACGAGCCAUCGAAGAAGCCCUCCGCAGCGCCGAAGAGCGAACCAAGCGCCGGCCGUCCCGCUUCCACGUGGUGCCGGCGCCGGACGGUCUGCGCCGGCAGGCCUCCGAGCACCACCUCGACAGGCCGGUGGCCGGCAUGCAGCCCAAAAAGUCCAUCCUGAAGAAGACGAACUCGUUCACGCUGAAGGGCUGCACGCCGUUUUCUUCUACUAGUCCGGGGAGUACCCCGUAUAGCACGGUGACAGGGGCUGAGAGCAGAAUUAGGUCCGCCUUCGAGGCUAUCUUCAGGAAAUCUGCACAGCUUCAAGACGUAGAGCAUACUGGUGAAGGAGACUCAGACCGAAGUGUGUCAACAAGUCCAAUUGCCUCAAAAAAAGUUCAACUACCCAGCGAAAGAGUGUGCGAUAUGAGCACCGAAGACCAAAUCAAAUGGGAGGAGGAACAAAUGAAAUUGCAAGUGGAUUUCUCUACGUGCCACAUAGAUCCGGCUCCUUUCCAACUGGUAGAAAGGACGUCUUUGCUGAAAGUGCACUCGCUUUUUUCCAUGGUGGGGGUGAAUCACGCCUACGUCACAGCUAUUGGAAAACUCGUAGGAGUAGUGGGUCUUACAGAUUUGAGAAGAGGUAUAGAAGAUGCCAAUAGUGGAAACCUUCCCCUCCACAAAUCUGAAUCGAUGAACCUCAGCAAUGGGAAAAUCAACGUCGGUGGUAUCAGAGAUUCCUUACAAAAUAUACACGAUGAUUCUAAAGUGUAG